UUUGUGUACGACUUUGAAAGCUAUUUUGUCUCGGUGAGUAAAUGUCAGAAUGGCAUCUGCAGACACAGUUCUUGCAAUGAAAGGGAUGGCUGCUGAUCCUUUGAAGAGAAAACUUCUCUUGAAGGAUGCAACAUGUAUGGGUGGACUUAUUAUGGUGCUUUCCAAUCCAGAUUCAAAAAUUGUCGCUUCAGCACUAGAGACAUUAAUUUUGAUGGCAGAUACAAAUGACCAUAAGAAACUUCUGCGAGAUUUUAUAGGAAUGACCACACAACUGGAGACCAUCAUCAAUAGUAAGAAGAGUGACACAAGGGUCCAUAAUCUAGCUGAGAAGUUGUAUGUGAUGAUAACAGAAACCUGUGAAUUACAGACUCCACUGAAAGAUACCGGUAACUCCAGACCAACCUCCAGAAAAAGUAGCUCGAGCAAGAACAAAAGCUUGCAAGGCAGCAAGACGAGACAUAUUACACUGCAAAUCAGAGGUCUCCUAGAUAAGACUGACAGGGAUGUUUUAAUGAGACUCAUCUUACAAGUUAAGGGUGUAGUUAGUGUGACAUUUGACAUGAACAAGAAGCGAUGUUUUCUGCGAGCCAAACCAGAUGUUAAACCCGAGCCAAUUGUACAAGCUGUUGCAAAAUCCAUGACGAUGACAGCCCAACAGGUUGUGAAAGAUGAAUAUGGAGCUGAGGUUUUGGUAUCCUUUGGUGCCAACCCCCAGGAUCUGGACAAAGAGAACACCUCCCUCCCAGAUUACCUCCCAGAGGACCCCGACAGCCCCAAGGCUGAUAGUCAUUCUCUGGCCAGGAACAAAAAGGACGAGAAAAAAUCCAGCUGGCUCAGCUCAGCAGCUAACUUCCUAACAAACUCUUUCUACUGGUAGUCUCUUAGCAGUUUGUUUGCUGCCAAUUAGUAUUUCAUAUUACUUUAUUUUACUGAGUUUUACUUGUGGAAGUCUGGUGUUAUGAACUGAAUUCUGUGAGCUGUAUAAAUGACUAUGCAUAUGAGCAAUGAAUGAAUUGACAGAUGUGGUUUUACAGUUUAUUGUUUGCAAUAAAAAAAAUGAUAUUCA